AUGAUGAAUCCUACGGCGAGUAGCUUGGCGCGCGCAACAGCAGCUGAAGCUCGCAAGGCCUUGUUGAAAAGUAGCGCGGCCAAAAAGUCCCCCACUCGCAAGUCGAUAAGGGCUAAAACGGCAGCUAAGCCACGUGUACCAGCUGCAAGCGUCCAAGUUGACAAUUCGGUUUCUGCACCUCCGGCUCCCGCUGGAACUGACGAUGGAGAUGACGGUGAACGAAAUGUGAAGCGGCGACUCAACGCAACCGAUGCUGAGGCUGCAAGUAGACGGUUGUAUGAAGACGCCAAGGAGGCCAGGCAGAGAAAAGAUGCCCGGCGUGCUGAGUUGCAAGAAACGUAUACCUUUGCUCCGCAAGUAAACAACAAUUUCAAGCGACGCACAAACCCUGGAGAAGCCGAAGAGCUGAAUCAAGACCACUUUACUCGGCUGCAUGCCCAAGCAAAAGAGCUGUUGGAGAAGAAGCGCGAGCUUCAGCAGCAGCAUGAACGAGAUGGGUGUACGUUUGCUCCGUCAAUUUCUGCGCGAGCCAAGCGCUUGGCGCGAACGAACUCGGGCCCGCGAUACGAAAAUCUCUACAAGCAUGCCCAAGAAAUGAAGCAAAAGCGCGAGGAGAAACUCUUGGAGAAAGCCAGGACCACGGAGGAACAAUGCCCCUUUAAACCCAAGAUCACUGCCUCCAAGUCGCCAGUGAAGACAAAACCCCUGUACGACUCGGAGCGCGAAAGACAGAAGCGCCUUGCUCUCGAGCAGAAAAAGAUCGAAGCAGAAAUGACCGAGUGCACUUUCAAGCCGAAGGUGUCUGCGAAACGUAUGAAAUCCAAAGCCGAUGAACCAGCAGAUGCGGCGGGCGAUGCUGCCGUCGAUGCUAACCCUUACAAGCGUCUCUAUCAAGCGAGCAUCGACCGCACGGAACGGCUUCAGAAGCUCCGCCAGGAGCGCGAUGAAGAAGAGAAGGCGCAAGCACCCUUCCAGCCCAAGAUCACUGCACGGUCGCGGGCUCUUAAAGCUGAGGCGCAGGCGAAGGAGCCUUUCCACAAGAGACUGUACAACAAGGACUAUAUGAAGAAGCUGGACCAUGAACGGGAGCAGCGACGUCUUGAGGAAGAGCAGCAGUUCACGUUCAAGGUAAGGAGCAUGCUAUGA